CCCGGCCCUCUCACGCCAACGUCAUUGCGACGGAACCGCUGGCAAGCCCUUCCCGCGGCUUGUAGCACGCGUCGAGACAUGCGGCCAGCGCGCGGAAAGCGCCGGUAAGCCUACAACCGUCGGCACCGGCUGCAUGCCCAAGUUUCUUCCCGCCACGUUAUAAAAACGAAGGCCCGGCAUGCAAAAGACCGCGACAUGGCAAGUCCGGGCGGUACUCCUGCUACUGCUGCUGACACUCGCGUUGUUCUGUCCGUGCUCCGCGCGGUCGGCGAACCCUCGACGACGUCGCGAGGUCGUCAAACGCGCCCGUCCGCCAGGGGGACACGACGACGACGGCGGAAGACCGAUCACGGGCCUCCAGGCAGUCACCGUCAAAAGCGACGACACCGGCACCCGAGCGAACGGCACCGCGGCUAGGCCUAACAGGCGGCGACGGCCGCACCUCCUGGACGUCGGCAGCCUCUUCCGGUAUGUCCUGUCGCCGUCCGGCAACGCCACCGGUCGGCACCGAGGCACUGGCAACAAGUCCGAAGAGCCGGUGAGAAGCCGGCACAUCGACGCGUCCAUGGCCGAGGUGGUGGCCGUGCAGACGUUCGACGGAGACGUCGUGUGGAUCGAGGCCAAGUUCGUGAACGAGUCGCACGGCGCCAAUCACAGGCGACGCCGGCGGACGAGGCCCUACAGCGUCGAAGAGAGGCUUACGCUGGUCGUACCGGUGAUCGCUUUCUUGGUGCCGUUCCUCGUUUGGCUCAGCUGCAUGGUCAUCUGCAUCGUGAAGGCCUCGGUCAAGGAGCCGUACUGAUUCGAAGAACACGCUCUCUCGCUCGACGUCAUUCCAGCGACCGAACAGUUUAGCUAGAGGUUACGCAUAGCGAACGCUGAGGAAGACGUGCCGUGUAGGGAAUCGUCGUGCAGUCCGUGUGAUUCCAAGACUGCCGGGCGCAGAACUGUCCAUGUUUGACAGCAUUCAAGGAGCUUUCAGUGAAUGUAACAUAGUUCUGCUGGUGUGCCUGCCUCUUGGAUGCGAAGCGUUGUUUGCAGAUGCCGCUAUUCCGUUGGGAAAAACGGUAUCGCAUUGUAUUCCAGCUGGCUUGCAGUGAAGCCACUGAAACCGUCAUGUUAGAGUAUACCGAGCGUGGUGUGACAGUUUGUGAUGUCACGUUGAUGUUAUCACUAUAUCACCUGAAGGGGCUGUCCUUAUUCAUGCACAGAGGCCAAUAACGUUCCGCCCGUGUCAUCACACUGAAGCAGGCUAACCGCAACGUCAUUAUGAAGCCUUGACGUCAUCAUAGCCGCCAUGUUGGAGUACCAGUACUUUAAGUGCAAGCUAUACGAAGGCUCUCCUCGAUAACGUGCCGGUUCUUCCGCACGUGUCCACAUACGUGGUGCUACAGUUGAGUAAUUAUUAUUUCGCUAUACCUAUUCGAAUUGCUCAAAACGAAGUUUAUGCACCACGUAUGUGCGACAUGGUACUGGGUUGCGUAGCGAUUAAGUGCGGCGCGGGAGUAUUUAGAGCAUGCGCGAGUGUGAAGCAGUAAUGGUAGACACA